AUGGCCGAAACAUCACCUUAUAUUGGACAACUCGGUUUCAGCAACUACCAUGCGCUGGACAAUGGACGCAAUGCUCCUUUCGGGGCCCAGUCAGUGGCAGAAAUUCCAGAACCAGAGGCUCAAGAUGCGUCUUUUGAUACAGAGUCGAAUCCAUCCGAUAGCCCGGCUCCGUUUGAAUCGGCAUCGCAACCUCCGAGCUCCACGCCCUCUCCUCCUUCGGUCUUAGAAGCGUCCGUCUCGUCCGAUACGGCUAGCGUCCUUUACACCCCCGGAUCAACCAAGAGGAGGAAAGAGAAAUCGCACCCCCCCCAACCUCCCCCCCCACACCCGCUAUUUUCUGCCGGGAAAUUAUGGGUAGAAUUACAGGACAGACGCGUUCGUUGUGAAAUACACCCCGAAUGCCUCCGAGGUCCAUCUCCCGAGCACUCGGAUCUGAUCGUCGAGGAUCCCACUAUCAUGCGCAUGUUGAGCCGCACCUUUCCGAAAGCUGUGGCCUGA